AUGUCACGGCUUCUCCCCAUCCUGCUCCUUGCAGCUCUGGGCUGUGCUGCCAAGCUGAGGAGGCAGCCAGCGGCGUGGGACAGAGCGGACGCCCAGAGGGCACCGGCAAAGGGCUGCGCCAACCUGACGCUGGUUCUGGACAACUGGAAGUUUGCCAUCACUUCCCAGAUGAGAAACCUGCUGCUCUUUGACCACCAAACUGUGCUACCGGACUACGGGAGGAUCCGGUCACUAUCAGGGGCUUUGGACGAGCUGUACCGGGAUUUCAGCGCUCUGAAGGAGCAGCUGGGGCGGCUCUCGGCCCGCUUCGCCGAAGUAGAGGCCUUCGUGGACCAGCUGAGCCGGGCCCGCGGCCCUGGAACCCCACCUCACCGCCGGGGACUGCCCCAGCCUGCCCGCAGCCCCCUUGAACUCCCACCAUCGCCUCACUCCUCUUUGCGCACCCGGGAUGGGGGGUUUUACCCCCGUCCCCCCACCGUCUCCCGCUACCGUCCCCGGAGAUCCCACCCAGCCUCGUUCCGCCCAUCGCAGCUUUACGGCCUGUCGCAAACUCCCCGCCCAUUGCGGCGGCCGCCGCCGCGCAGCCGUAAAGUGGAGCCGCCCGCGCCCCCCGCCCGGUACCCGCAGCCCCACCGGGAGGCGACGGGGGGGUGA